AAUUGUUACGCCGCUUGCUGCCGGGGAAACGGGAGAUUUUAGUGCGAAAUUGUGCCGGCGUCGAGAAACUCCCGCCAUUUCGACAAGGAAUCAACCUCUUAGAGACAUUAUUUUAAACAACUUACAACAUUUUGGUUUUUUUGUUUUCUCUCAGAACGAUCAGUAGAUAAGUGGAAAAAAGACCCGAGAUCACCUCGGCUUCUAACAGUCGAGUAAACGAGUGAAUUGUUCUGCGCGCCAGAUCUCCCGCUGCUCCGGACUGUGAGCUCUGCCCGCGAAUUGGACUCGGGGCUUGGAUUGCCUCCUGACAGCUCAACCGGGAAGGAAAAAGUUCGCCAAAUACUUCGACACAAGAAUAAAAACCGUCUGUUUAUCCGGGACCUUGCUUGGAAUAGCUAUGGCGUCACUGCUAAAGCAGCGAAGAGGAUUUCGAUGAGGAGGCGAGGACGGCACACUGUUUUGUUUUGCAACGGAAUAGCAAUCCGGGCCGCUAUCUAGCCGGCUAGCUGCUACACGUUGACUUCUUCUAGGCCUACCGGUGAAAACUUGAUACAUGCUAUCAGGCGGGAUACAGACAAAGGUCAUAUUUUACAUCCGAGUGUUAAAGUGAUUAUUUCGUUGCACAGUAGCCAUUUGAUUUACAAUGGCGCCUCUUUUGGGCCGGAAGCCUUACCCAUUAGCUAAGCCGUUAGCCGAGCCGCUAGGCCCAGGAGAGGAGGUCUACAUCGUCGAGCACACCAAGGAGGCCUUCAGGAACAAAGAUGAAUAUGAGGCCCGCUUGAGGAGGUAUGAAGAGCGCAUCUGGACGUGCAAAAGUACUGGUAGCAUUCAGCUGACACACAAAGAAGCAUGGGAGGAGGAACAGGAAGUCACAGAAUUGCUUCAGGAAGAAUAUCCUCACUGGUUUGAGAAGCCCAUCCUGAAGAUGGUUCACCACAACACAGUGUCAUUGGACAAACUAGUUGAAAUGGCCUGGGUAGAAAUUCUCACUAAGUAUGCUGUUGACGAAGAGUGUGACUUCACGGUGAGCCAAGACAAAAGUUUACGAGCGAAGGUGGCAAAGAUUCAUCCCCUUGAACACCCUGAAGGUGAAGCUGGAGAGAAGAAGCUUGAAGGUGCCUGUGAUUCUCCCUCCAGUGACAAAGAGAAUACCAGUCAAGAGAACCAGAGGAAGGAACCAACCCGUAGAGAGGAGGAGAGUAGGAGAGAGACCCUCUGUGAGAGAGCACGGCGUUCACCAAGAAAACUUCCCACUGCCAUGAAGGAAGAAAAGAAGAGGUGGGCAAUUCCCAAAUUCCUUCCUCAUAAAUAUGACGUCAAGCUCGUCAGUGAGGACAAGGUAAUUAGUGAUGUGCCAGCAGAUAGUCUUUUCAGAACAGAGCGCCCGCCAACCAAAGAGAUCAUCCGUUACUUCAUCAGACACUAUGCACAGAGGCUCGGCAUGGGGGAGAGUGCACCCUGGGUGGUUGAAGAUGAAUUAGUGAAAAAAUUUAAUUUGCCCAGUAAAUUCAGUGACUUUCUUCUCGACCCACACAAGUUUUUAGCUGAGAAUCCUUCUGCCAAGCGCAAGAGCUUGACUUCUCCUGAAGGUAAACCUAAAAAGAGGCCAAAGACACCUGGCACACCAGGAGAGCACUUGGGAAAUGAAAAAGGGGAGAAGAAAAGAAAAAACAAGAAAGAUGCUCUCGUCAAGGCCCUUAGUCCCACCAUCUGGGGUCACAUGCAGAAAAUAAAAAUGAAUGGUUCACCAUUAAAAGUAAAGAACUCUGGAUCACCCAAGAAAGGUCUUUCCGGUCCAAAAUCUGUUAAAAAAUCUGGAGACAAGAAGGACGGAAAGAAACCCGGAAAGGGCGGUGAUAAGAAUAUUCUCAAAGCUUCUCGAAAAGAUGCAAAAGCAAGUGCCAAGACACCAAAGAUGAAGCAGAUGCCCCUGCUGCAUCUAGCUAAGAGCCCUGCUACAGGCAGCCCCAAAAAACGCGCCCGCAGUAGUAGUACUGGCACUCCCAAACUAGGGAAGCCAUUACAUCCAAUGGCUCUCCACCUUCUUCGUUACUAUAAGGAGAACAAGGACAAAGAGGACAAAAGGAGUGUUCUGUCGGCCCUCAUCUCAAAGGCUGCAAAGGCCCUGUCACCAGAUGACCGUGGCAGACUACCCGAUGAGCUGAAAGAGCUGGUUGAGAAACGCUGGGAGAGAUUGGAGCAAAAGAAACGCUGGGCAGCCAUGAGCGAAGAGGAAAAGCAAGAAGAAAUGAAGAAAAGACGCAAAGAUCUCAAAGAGAAACUUCGGGAAAAAGCCAAGAAACGUCGCGAGAAGGAGAUGCUACUCCGUCUUGAACAGUCGCGUCGAUACGAGGACCGGGAAAUCAAAGGUGGCAAGACGCUGCCGACAUUUAAGCUUGUUGACAUGCCCGAGGGGCUGCCGAACACCCUUUUUGGGGAUGUUGCCAUGGUUGUGGAAUUCCUUCACUGCUACGCCGGCCUGCUUAUGCCAGAUGACAAGUACCCCAUCACAUCGACAGCUCUGAUGGAAUCGUUGGUCGGACUACGCUCUGGUUUCCACUACCUGAACCGUGUGCUGGUGGUGCUGCUCCAGACGCUGCUGCAAGACGAGCUUGCAGAGGGCUACAGCGAGCUUGAUAUCCCUUUAUCUGAGAUACCCCUGACCUUGCACUCUGUAUCAGAGCUGGCGAGGCUGUGUUUGCGUCCUUUUGACGCACAAAGUGAAGAGAGUGGUCAGGAGUCCGUGGAUCUGGCCUUGAGUGGCUUUGAUGACGUGGUCACUAGCGAGUUUCUCGAGAAGCUCGAAACUGUCGAGGUGUUUGAGCUUGACCCGGAAGAAAAAGUCAGCCUGCUGGUAGCGCUGUGCCACCGCAUUCUCAUGACCUACUCGGUGGAAGACCAUGUUGAUGGCAUGCAGCAACGGACCGCUGAACUGUGGAAGGAGCGCGUGGCAAUGCUGAAAGAGGUCAAUCGUAAGAAGGCUGAGAAGAAGAAGCAAAAAGAGGUUGAAGGCAAAGAUGAGAAGAAAAAAAAGGAUGAUCCAAAGAAGGAGUUCAAGAAAGAAGUCAAAGUCGAGCUGGUGGACAUGAUCAGCUCAGUCAAGAGCAGGCAGCUGAUGAGCUUGCAGGCCAAGAGAGAAAGAGAGGAGAUGGACAAACAGAACAAAGAACGCAUGGAAGAGGCGGCCGAAGAAGAGAGACUACGCAGACAAAGAGCGACCGCAGAAAAGAACUUUCAGGAGGGUAUUAAAAAGGCCAAACUGGUCCUGCGUAGAACUCCGCUGGGUACAGACAGAAAUCAUAACAGAUAUUGGUUUUUCUCCGACGUGGUUCCUGGAUUGUACAUUGAGAAAGGCUGGGUGCAUGACAGCAUAGACUAUAGCUAUAGCUUCACACCUCCUCCUGAUCCUGAUGUGGACGAUGAAGACGAUGAGGCUGAUGAUAGCGGAAGUAUCGAUGGCACGAAAAAUGACGAAGCCCAGCUGGGGGCACCAACAGACGUCUGUAUAGAAACUACAAUUCCUAAGCAGGGACAGAAUCUCUGGUUUAUAUGCGACAGUCCUGCUGAACUGGAAGAGUUGGUGGACAGUCUUCAUCCUCAUGGAGUUCGAGAGAGUGAGCUGAAGGCAAAGAUAGAAAGCAGGUAUCAGGACAUCAUACACUCCAUCAAUCUGACCCGAAAGGACAAAGUGGGCCUUGAUGUCCCUGAUGAGGACACAGAGCUGCUGAAAUUUUUGCGCAGUGAUAUUCAGGAGAUAGCCUCACGCCUCCUGAAGGGUGGCUUGGGCUACUUUGACGAUGAAAAGGAC